AUGGCAAGUAUGGCCUGGAAGGGCAUCGCGUUUGGGCGUACUCUUGCUUCCAAGCAAUCCAGCUGGCGUCGCAUGUUAUCGCAGCUCCUGUCAUGCAGUUGCGACGCACCAUCUCUGAGUACCAAAAUCGAAGAUGACGAGUACUACAGGGUCUGUGGCAAACUUCAUGUACGCGAACGUGGUCACUCAGGGCGACAUUUGAUGAUGAAAGCCUCUCCGUGUCGGACGCGGACGCGUAUGCCUCGUUACAAGGCUGCCAUUGAACGCAAGCUGCACAUACUGCUUGAGCUGAACAUGCAGGGCGCAUAG